UGCAGCCAAAUAUUAUACUAAAAUGGAUAAUAUAACCUCAAAGACAACAGAGGACGGAUUUGUUGUAAUGAUAGGCCAUUUUUGCAACGGACCGAUCGACGUCUCUGUGGUAAAAAAAACAUCGUCGCUAAUGUAUCGUGGGCGAUCGGUUCUUUUUCCUGCAGAGAUUCGCGUUUCGCGUGUUAAAAGAAUAGUAGGAGGACAAGACAGCGAUGAAAAUGAGUUUCCAUUUCAAGUUUCCUUACGAUAUUCGGACACUAUACACAUUUGUGGGGGUGCAUUGAUAAGUGAAAGACAUGUUUUGAGUGCUGCACAUUGCGUGUGCGAACUUUUCGAUGAACCUUAUGAUGAUUUAUCGGUGGUUACCGGUACUAUAAGUGUUAAAAAAGGUGGUAAGUAUCAUAAGGUUAAAACCAUCCAUUGUCAUCCCGAAUACGCUUUUGGAGCCGAGGAUUCUUGGACCCACGAUUUGGUAGUCAUCACGUUGAACGACAACGUAAUUUUGAGUUCUAGUCAAAAGCCUAUCGACUUGCCAAUUUCGGAUACCUUGGAAAACGUAUCCGCGACUUUGACGGGUUGGGGUAGACAUCAUUCUCAUGGUCCCUUGUCAGACAUUUUACAAAAAGUUACUCUCACAACUAUUACUAACGAAGAAUGUCAAACGUAUUACAAUAAUACUAUUUUACCGUCUCAUUUAUGUACCUUAGAACAUAAGGGAAUUGGCGCCUGUAAGGGCGAUAGCGGCAGUCCACUAACUUACAAUAAUCAAAUUAUCGGUAUAUUUUCUUGGACAAAGCCAUGUGCAGUUGGUUCGCCCGAUGUCUACACCAGAGUUUAUCAAUUUAUAGAUUUCAUUCGAAAUGCUACGCAAUAUGAAGAUCAACACAAACAGGUGUACUAUUUGACAUGAAAAAUCGUUCAUUGUUAAAAGUUAUACGAAUUGUUUCAUAAUUUAAUUGUUAUAUCAUUUUACAUAGUGCUAAAUACACGUAAAUUACAAAGAAUGUUGUAGAGAAGAAAAAUGAAAAAACCUCUCAUAAUAUAGACGGUUGAACUAAUGAUUGUUGUUUCACG